AGAACACAGGGCCGUCUCCAAACGGAAAGAAGCAGCUGUGAUUUAUUACAAAAAAACAUCUCGCAACAACUCUAUUCCGCAACUUUGUGGCGUUGAGUUUGAACUAUUUCAACAUUUACGUCAUUGUUACACCCGCCAUCAAUAGUUUGUAAAUUGAGAGAUAUUUGUUUAGUAAUCCUGAAACGGUGCAACCCCUCGAGCGCCGGAGGUCAUGCAUAAUUCAUGAGCGACUGCUGACACAGGCGUCGUAGGAAAGUUGAGUUUACAAACUUUGGGACAGGAGCAACAAGAUCUACCGAACUGGCCGGAGCAAAGGGAAAGUAGCUACAUUUAAAAUUACUUUUCUCAUGUAGGGACACAUUUAGUUGUUCUCUAUCUUACUCUAAUAUAAUAGUUUUAUUGCGAGUUUGACGGCAGAAAGGUGAACUAUUUUUGUCCACACAGAGGGUUUAUAAAAGUUUGCCUGAGAGUAGCCUAGGCCUACUUCAGAAGGCUCAACGUUUGAUAUUUGUAUAAAGCCUCAACUUUAAAUCGUUUUUAUAUUUUCUGUAUUGCUCUAACUUUUACACUAAGACAAAAUGAGCAACCCACUUCAGCCAAUGCCAGGACAACAAGUUAUCCAUGUCGCGCAGGACUCGGAUACGGAUCUCGAGGCGCUUUUUAAUUCGGUUAUGAACCCGAAACCCAGUUCAUGGAGGAAAAAAAUGUUACCCGACUCUUUUUUCAAGGAGCCAGAUUCUGGAUCUCACUCCCGACAGUCGAGCACUGAUUCGGGCAGUCACCCGCCCAGGCUCACCGUACAACACGUACGGUCACAUUCCUCGCCCGCAACUUUACAGAUUGGAUUGGGAGCCAACCCAACUCCAAGCCCGGUACAUCACUCGCACAUCCGCCACCAGUCUUUCGAUGUUGCCGAAGAGUUGCCGCUGCCCCCUGGAUGGGAGAUGGCCUACACGUCCAACGGACAGAAGUACUUUCUCAAUCACGUGGAGAAGAUCACCACUUGGCACGACCCUCGGAAGACCAUGACGACAGCCAUGAACCAGAUGAGUCUCCACGCCCCCCCCACCCUCUGCCAGCCCACAGCAACGCAACAUGGGCCCUGUCCCAGCCCAACCUUGGCCAAUGGGCACCGCUCUCUAGAGGGGCAGGCCAAUGGGCACCGCUCUCUAAAGGGGCAGGCCAAUGGGCACCGCUCUCUAGAGGGGCAGGCCAAUGGGCACCGCUCUCUAGAGGGGCAGGCCAAUGGGCACCGCUCUCUAGAGGGGCAGGCCAAUGGGCACCGCUCUCUAGAGGGGCAGGCCAAUGGGCACCGCUCUCUAGAGGGGCAGGCCAAUGGGCACCGCUCUCUAAAGGGGCAGGCCAAUGGGCACCGCUCUCUAGAGCAGGGGUGGGAGCUGCCUGAUGGCUGGGAGCAGGCUGAAAAUCCUCAGGGAGAGAUCUACUUCAUUGACCACAAAACACAACGAAUGUCCUGGCUCAACCCGCAUGUGGACGCUUGCCUCAUGAUGUCCCAACACCACCACCAGCAGCAGCCCCAACAGGCCCAGGCCUUGGGUUCACCUGGCUCCCUCCCCCAGCAGCAGAGCUCCCAGGCUGGGAUGAUGAGUCUGUCCAGUCCCCUGGGCGUGGUUGUCAGUACCCAGCAGAAGAUGAGGCUGCAGCGCAUCCAGCUAGAGAGAGAGAGGAUCCAGAGACGCCAGGAGGAGCUCAUGAGACAGGAGGUGGCACUGUGUAGACAGCUCCCCGUGGACUCUGAGAGCAUGGCACCAGCGCCCACCCCUGGUGGCAACCCUGCCCAGCCCAUGACCCAGGGCAACAUGCCCACCAAUGGAUCUGACCCCUUCCUCAACAGUGGUCACUUCCAGCACUCCCGGGAGCAGAGCACAGACAGUGGCCUGGGGCUGGGCUGUUACAGCAUCCCCACCACCCCAGAGGACUUCCUUAAUAACAUGGAGGAGAUGGACACAGGUGAGAGCAUGGCCCAGGCGGGCAGUAUGAACGUGUCUCAGCACAGCAGCUUCCCAGACUUCCUGGACUCCCUGCCAGGGACCAACGUGGACCUGGGAACCCUGGAGGGAGCGGACCUCAUUCCCAUUCUCAACGAUGUGGAGUCAGUCCUCAACAAGAGCGAGCCCUUCCUCACCUGGCUGUAAACACACACACACACACCUUCUACAAACACACACACACACACACACACACACACCACACAUACGCCCAACAAACAGGACGAAAGACUCAACGUAUCUAAAGACUCUGUCUGUGCUGCCUUUAGUGACCUAUUCAAAUCAGCUUGAUUUUUUCACGUGUCCAGUAAUAAUACCCCCUCUGUCUGGCCGACCACCUAUCAAUCUGAGUUCAGUUCAGGUUAAAGAUAUCUAAAGAGUAUUAACCAAAGCCUUGAGAGAACAAAAAUCAAAUCAAAUCAGGACACGUGUUAGUGGAUACUGUAAUGUAACAAAAGUUAGUAGUUUUGUAUGUUCUGUAAGACUCUCCCCACCCUGGUUUUUGAAUCACAAUAGAUAUUUUUUACAGCUUUCCUGUCUCUCUUGGGGUGACACUCUAUGUGGAACAAGUACUUGGUGAAAAAAAAUGUAUUGGCGUCCAAUGGUAUUGCUUUGUCAUGACUAAAUGUAUGCAGGGAGGCUUUUUUACCAAUAGGUGGCGCUAUUGCUUAAGCUACUGUAGUUAUGAAAUGGCUCUUUACUGGCAACAAGGCUGUCCCAUCUGUAGGUUCUUAGUAGUGCACGUCUGUCGGCUACAGCACUGUAAACCUUCUUCUCUAACAAAUGAUCAAUCACCAACAGUAUUUUAACUGUCAGUUUGGGUUUGAAUUAAAAAUCCACACUGUUACUGUUGUUUCUGUUCAUAAAAAAAACUACAGAUUCACUUCUACAUCAGCAUUAGUAGCCAUGGGAACAAAGUGUGUUGUAUACCAAAUAAUGUUUCCUAUUGUUCGCUACAAUGUCACUACAAAAGCUUUAAAACUUUAAAAUUGUACUUAGUUAGAUUUUUAAACAGAACUGUUUUUAGUUAUUAUUUUGUCAUUUUAAUAAUUGUACUCCAAUGUAGCUAAUUGAACACUAAAAUAUCAUGCCUCAGUUAUGAAACAAUGUCAAAUUCUGUAUUCUAAUACGUACACUUAAAAAAAAAAUCAUACUAUAGUAUUAGUUUUUUUUCUGAUCUGUAAAAUAGCCUACAUGGGUUCUUUGCAUCUGGUGCCAUUUGUAGGACUUAUAAUAUAGUUAGCAUUUUUUGUAUUUAUCAAGAGCUAUGAUUCUAUUUCUCCUGUUCAAUUUUUAUUUUUAUUUUUAUGAAAUUGAGAUUUCAAAGCACUACAAAUCAGCAAAAUGAUUGAAAUAUAUCUGAUCAUGAAGUGAAUGUUGAAGUUAGAUGAUCACCAGACGUUUUUGUUUCUAUAUGCGUUGACGCUUGAUAAUCCUUCAUACGCAAACUCUCCUUCGUCUUCAGUCUGUUUUUUUUGGGGGGGGGGGGUUUCAAAAAGGACUUUUUUUUUUCCUUCUAAUAUCUGUUCUACGGGGAAUUAUGCAACAAUAGUCUUUUCAUAGGGUCAGAGGUUAUUGUGCCUAUAUGUUUUUAGAGGAUUUCUAGUGAAUUGUCAGAUUGGAUUGGCAUGGGGUUAGCAUUCGGAUCUUGUUUCUAACAUGCCAACCCCACAACACAAUCUGCUCUGAACUUCUUUUUCUUUUCUACAUUUGUCUCAGUUUUUGUAUUUGCAUGUUGAUUGACAUAUUUGCUAUUCCUAGCGUUAGGUGGUCUAUAGCCCGACCUUAUAUUGUGACUAUACUGAGUCUGGUUACUAUGUAGAAUGUUAGAACUAAGAAGGUGAGGAAGUGAUGGAUCCUUGGUAGGGGCAGGUGAAUUAGAGGGGGGGGGGGGGUUGUUGAGUUUAGGGAGGGUGAGGGGGGUUUCUAUGCACGCCAAAACACACUGGGGGUGUGAGAAGGGACAAGGUGAAGAGGGGCGUGAGAGGUGACGAGCUGAAGUGGGGGCACACAGUUAUCACAUCACUACCACCUGUGUCCUUGGAUUGGGGGAAAGGGUGUGACGAUGUGGUGUGGUUUCAGAGAUUGGAGGCCUCUAUUACCCAGGCAUGGCCAAAGAAGGCUAGCUCUGACAGGGCUAGCAACAUGCUAACUCGGGCCCAUGCCCAGCUGACAGGGCUAGCAACAUGCUAACUCAUGCACAGCUGAUGAAAAGGGCUCCAGUGAGAGGUGAUGAGGUCUUUUUUAGAAUCAAACAAGGUUAUUAAUCCAAUCACACAGCUGCCUCUCUUGGUGUCUCUGUGUCAGGGAGGUUCCCUGUUUUGUGUUUUCGUUUGAAUAAUGUGCUUUUCCAGGCUCUAGGGGGGGGGGGGAAACUUGGCAGGGCUGUCGGUGCACCGUUACUGGGGACACAAUUCAAGGUUGCACCAGUAUGAAGGACACAAGUUAAAUGGAUGAUAGCAUUUGUAUCAGAUUGUCUUUUUGUAAAUUUAUACUUUGGAGGAUAUUAAGACCAGAUGAGAGAUUCUAUGAGAAUAUAGAACACAGAGGUGGUGUUAUACCGUUAAGGGUUUGAGGAAAUGGUUUGGUGUGGAGCACAUAUUUUGACUAAAGGUGCAUAGAGUGGCAUGACAUGGAAUAGACAGGAUGUAGCAAUAUAUAGCGCAGUAUAGCGCAGUGGCUAGGCUACAGCUGCAUGGUAGGAUGGGGACGGGGGUGUGUUGUCAGUAGUUACAGGGUUCUUGGAAUGUUGAAGGCAUGCUCAUUGGUGGUGAAAAUCAGACUAACAAAAUGGCCGCAUACUGUAUCCUAUCCCGGCAGUGUGGACUUCAUUUUUACAUGAUGUAACCUCGGCAAGGAGUCUGCAAAUUACAGUAACAUGUUUUAAAAAAUAAAUAAAGAAUAAAAUGGCGUCAGAACCGUG